GCGGCUAGUGGAAGAGGAGAAGCGGCAGCCCGGCUUGUGGGGUUCACGUAUUCGUCGCCUCCUUGUACUUUGCUCUUCCUCGCCCCCUCCGCCGCCGAGUGGAAGAAGAGCGGCAGGUUGAUCCGGCCGGCUUGCAAGGCAGAGCGAUGGAGCUGGUGGUGGGGGCUUCGGAGGCGACCAUGAGGUCCCUCCUGUCCAAGCUCGGCAGGCUUCUCUCCGACGAGUACACCCUGAUUAGGGGCGUCGGCGUUGACCUCCAGUACAUCAACGACGAGCUCACCACCAUGCAGUCUUUCCUCCGCGCCAACGACGGAACCCACGGCUGCCUGAUGAAGGACUGGAUGAAGCAGAUCCGCGACAUCACCUACGACAUUGAGGACUGUAUCGACGACUCCGGCAAGCGCAUCCGCGGCCUGCGCACCAGCAUGUGCUGCUACUGCCUCGUCAACGGCGUCUACGAGAUCCUCACGGCGGGGCCUCGCCGCGACAUUGCCACGAGGCUCUCUGCCCUCAAGAUGCGGGCGCAGGAGAUCAGCGAGCGGCGCGACAGGUAUGGGGUCGUCAACCCAGCCGAGGCCGGCGCCGGCGCCGCUAGAUUUGAUGUCGCCGACAACCAGGCCCCCGGCCGGCUUCAGCUUGUCACCACGAGGGAGCCCGUGGGAGUGGAGGAUCUCAUGAAGGAGCCCCACAAGCGGGUGACUUGCAUUGUUGGGUUCGGCGGCGUGGGGAAGACCGCCAUCGCCACCGCCUUGUACAGGACCUAUGGGGAGGAGUUCAGCCACCGUGCCAUGGUCACGGUGUCUCAGAGCACCGACCUGGAGGCCAUCCUCAGGAUCAUCAGGGAUCAAAUCAAGCCGCGCACCAGCAAUCACGAGCAGCAGGAUAGCUCGGAGAAGAAGAAGAGCCUCGUCAGACGCGGCUCGUCAGCCGUCAUGGAUGCCAUACGCUGCAGAUCCGGCAGCUCCGAGCAGAGACGUGAGAUUGAUGACCUCAAGGAUGACAUCCUGAAGCACUUGAAGAGAAACAGGUACUUGGUCUUAAUCGAUGACGUAUGGUCUGCAUCGUUGCUGGAUAGUAUUAUAAAUGCACUUCCAGUGGAAGAAAAAAGCAUAAUAAUAGUAACUACACGGUUUCACGAUGUUGCUACAGCACAAAGAGAAGCCGACACUCGUAAAGUUCAUCGCCUUGUUGAAGAAAAAUCUAAGAAGUUGUUUAUGCAGGCCUACAACGAAUCAACAUCUAAGCGCAAAGAAGAAUCAUCUACGCAAGCCACCUCUGAAACUGAAGGUCUGUUUCCAGAAGAAGUCUGGAAGAUUUGCGGGGGGCUGCCAUUGGCCAUAAUUACCAUGGCUGGUCGUGUGGCCUGCAACCCAGGCAAGCUGCAUACGUAUUGGAGGGACGUUUGCGAAUCUAUAUUUCCAGAAGCAGCAGCGAAUGCUGUUGUGGAAGAGAUUACACAGCUUACACAGGAGCAAGUGAGCAGGAUCGUUAGCGAUUGCUACAAUGACAUGCCUGCUGAAAUCCAGACUUGCUCACUGCAUCUGAGCAUAUUUCCCAAGGGCUACAGAAUCAGCAGGAAGCGCUUGACGCGGCGAUGGAUAGCCGAAGGUAUCAUCUGUGAGAAAGACGGGUUGGGUGUUGAUGUUAUUGCAGAGACAUAUUUCAAUCAUCUCAUAAGGAGGAAGAUCAUCCAACCAGUUGAGCACAAUGGUAAUGGAAAGGUGAAGAAAUGUGUAGUUCACGAUAUGGUUCUUGAGCUCAUUGUGAGAAAGGCAAGCGAAGAGAAUUUCAUCACUGUGGUUGGUGGUAACUGGUUCAUGCAGCUGCCUAGCACCAAGGUCCGACGACUGUCCAUCCAAGACAGUGAUUCCAAACAUGCCAAGGAUACAGAGAAGAUGAACUUGUCUCAUGUUAGGUCACUGACCAUCUUUGGGAGCUUGAAGAAACAACUCCCUCCUCAUUCCUUUAAAUUUGGAAUUGUACAGGUCCUGGAUCUUGAAGGCUGCAAGGAUUUCAAACAGCGCCAUAUAACUGAGAUAUGCGAGAUGUGUCUUCUCAAGUAUCUUAGCCUCAGAAAAACAGACACUAAACAACUUCCUGAUAACAUUAGGAAGCUUAAGAGCCUUGAGACACUGGACAUAAGGGACACAGAAGUUAUUGAGUUGCCUAAAGCUGUAUGCCAGCUUGAAUUGUUGGUUAACAUACUUGGCGGGGAUAAAUCAACACGGAAGGCAUUAAGGCUUCCUGGAGAGCUGACGAAGAAAAUGAAGGCACUGCAGAUAUUGUCAGGGAUUGAGAUUGUUGAGGGGUCAUCAGAACUUCGUCAUUUGACCAAACUUAAGAAGCUUGCCAUCUACAAGCUCGAAACCAUGUUGAAGGAUGGGAGUUUAGAGGCGUUAAGGACCUCUAUCGAGUACCUUGGUGGCUGCUCUCUACAAACCCUCAUAAUCGAUGACGAGUCAUCAAAUUUUGUCAAAUCACUGGAUGGUUUGUCAUCCCCUCCAAGAUUCCUUGUUGCUCUCGAACUAUCUGGCAAGAUGAUUAAUCUCCCCAAGUGGAUAAAAGAACUUGAUGUCCUCAGCAAGUUAACGCUACCAUUAACAGCCCUCCGAACAGAUAACUUGCAGGACCUCAGUAAACUGGAGGCAUUGUUUUCUCUCACCUUCUGUUUUAGGGCCAAGCAGCAGGACUGGCAAACACUGGCCAUUAUCGCGGAAAACAAGCUGUACUCCAGCGGGGAGAUCAUGGUGCUGGAUGGCGGAUUCAAGAGCUUAAAGCUUCUCUGCCUCUCUGGUCCUCUGUUGCCACUACUGAGCUUUUCAAGUAAGGCCAUGCCAGAGCUGGAAAGGCUUGAGAUUCGAUACAGCAUGCUGGAGGGCAUUCUUGGCGCAGAAAACCUUGCAAAGCUGAAAGAGUUGCAUUUGACAUCAAACGACAAAAAGGAGGAAGAUUUGAUGACCAAGGAGAUAGCAAGCGAGCUGGGUAAGUUGAGGAAGGUUGACGGAACAUCGCCUAGGAUAAUCUUGCAUCAGCAACCGAUUAGUAUGAAGUCAAACUCUGGGUGAGUCUUUGUAAGAUGGAAAUUAUGGCAUCAUCACCUGGUUUUAGAUUUUGAAAAAGAUAUUGUGUUAUACUUUUCUGAAAUUAGGACAAUGUUAUUUUCCUCUGAAAUAAGCUACACCAUGAGAUUCGAAAAAAAAAGCUACACCAUGAGAGAGUAAUGACAUGUUUUAUGUACUGUGUUUAUGUGUGAUCAAUAAAUUUGGUUUGAUGAUUA